AUGUUGCCAUGUGCCGAAGAGGUCUGUGUGGAUGGCAUCACCAGCAUUAUCACCGAAUCACUGCUGCAUCCUUCAGAGUAUGCUUUGGCCACCUUGCAUGACGAGGACUACCCUGCAGCAUGGCGGGGAGUGCAGAAGAGGUUUGAUGCUGGUGCCAGUCCACCACCGAGCGAGCCGCCCUGGGCCAAGGAAAGAGCUUCCAAGUUCGUGCCUCAGUUUCUGCGCUUCUUGAGUGGAAGAAAGGUGGCAGUUGCCAACCCAUCCGUGGACGAUUUAGGUGACAACAAUGGUUCCGAACACUUGCACCAGGAGCUUUGCGAUCUGCGCAGCUUUCUGGAAUCACGUUUCUCACAACAAGAAAAGCUUCUGCAAAGUAUGAAUGAGAAGCUCCGUCCAGAGAAGCCAGACAGGCCAGACAGGCUCCUCGUCAAUCCCAUCACCCGGGAUCGCUCGCGCUCGGGCACGUCCAAUAGCCCUUCAGGUACUCCUCGGGGGCGGAGCGAUCUGAAGGCCUUGAGCAAAACGAUGAGCGCUGUCUUCAGCUCCGCGCCAACUACACAACCCCCGACCGUGCCACUGGAGAGAGUGAUGUGGGAGAGUGCCCGCCCAGUGCGAGAAGCAUCGAAAGAUACGCCUCCCAAUCAACGUCCACCGCGCACGUCCAGACUCUCCCUGUCAAGUGCGGCGUCCAGGUUCUCUGUCGUGUCAGAGGUCUCCUUGAUCAAUGAGUCGACCAAGGAGAUGAAGCGGAAAGCGCGGAGGACAGAGAAGCGCUUGCGUGAAAGCCGAAAGGAGUCAACGUCCGACCCAUCAACGGAGACGCAGAUGAAUCGCUUGCACUUCCACCUUGAGGCCCUAGUGUUUUCGCCCUGGUUUUCUCCUUUGAUCACGCUCUUGAUACUUGUGAAUGUCAUCCUGCUUGGAAUAGAAGUGGAUGUCUCUGCAAUCACAACCUUGGAGGAUAUGCCAACCUGGUUUGGCACUGCCAAUGCAAUUUUUGUUGCCAUUUUCGUUUUGGAGAUACUUCUAAAACUGAUCGUGCUUGGAUGCAAAGACUUUUGGUGCGGGGAGGAUCGCAUGUGGAAUGCAUUUGAUUUCGGAAUUGUCGCCAUCUCUGUGGCCGAUGUCAUCCUUGAGCUUCUCACACAGAUCCUCUCAUCGUCCAUGGGAACUGGGCAACUGCGGUUGUUGCGUUCCAUUCGCCUGGCACGGGCUUUGCGCAGCAUCCGGGUGGUGCGCCUCUUUCGGCAGGUGGAGGCUCUGAGAACUCUCAUUUUGUCGAUUGUGAGCACGAUGGGUUCAUUGUUUUGGACCAUGGCAAUGUUGAUCCUUCUCUUUUAUUCCUUUGGAGUGGUAUUUACACAGUUUAUGGUGGAGCAUUGCCGCUCCCCAACGGAAACCGGAGAACUGCCUGAAUGUCCAGAGCUUCUUCGAAGAUAUUGGUCCUCCGUGCCUGAAAGCACCUUGGAGGCCAUUUCCGGGGGCGUGAACUGGGACGAUGCCAUUCGACCUCUAAGGGACAUCUCCUCCAUGGCAAUGGUUUUGAUGUCGAUGUACGUCUUCAUCACGGUCUUUGCUGCUUAA